AUGUCAUUUAUUAGAAAAGACACAUUCGUCUUUUUGAUUGGUUCGAAAAGCUGCUCUCGUCGUUGGAUUGGUUCGAAAAGCUGCUCUCGCCGUUUGAUUGGUUCGAAAAGCUGCUCUCGUCGUUUGAUUGGUUCGAAAAGCUGCUCUCGUCGUUUGAUUGGUUCGAAAAGCUGCUCUCGCCGUUUGAUUGGUUCGAAAAGCUGCUCUCGCCGUUUGAUUGGUUCGAAAAGCUGCUCUCGUCGUUGGAUUGGUUCGAAAAGCUGCUCUCGCCGUUUGAUUGAUAAGGUGACUGAAGAAAUUCUUUUUUUCUGUCGUGAUUCUCCAAAUCUGUCCCCACUUUUCCCGCCCCCUUCUUUCUCGUCUUCCUUUUCUCCCCUUAAUUUCUCGUCUUCCUUUUCUCCCCUUAAUUUCUCGUCUUCCUUUUCUCCCCUUAAUUUCUCGUCUUCCUUUUCGUCCCUUAAUUUCUCGUCUUCCUUUUCGUCCCUUAAUUUCUCGUCUUCCUUUUCGUCCCUUUCUUUCUCGUCUUCCUUCUUGUCCCUUUCUUUCUCGUCUUCCUUUUCGUCCCUUUCUUUCUCGUCUUCCUUUUCGUCCCUUUCUUUCUCGUCUUCCUUUUCGUCCUUUUCGUCUUCCUUUUCGUCCCUUUCUUUCUCGUCUUCCUUUUCGUCCCUUUCUUUCUCGUCUUCCUUUUCGUCCCUUUCUUUCUCGUCUUCCUUUUCGUCCCUUUCUUUCUCGUCUUCCUUUUCUCCCCUUCUUUCUCGUAUUCCUUUUCUCCCCUUCUUUCUCUUUCCCUCUUCCGAAUUUUCAUUCUCCUUCUUUUUCUCCUUGCCCCCUCCUAUUCCUCCGCAUAAUUCUUCUUCUCAUUGUCUUUCUUUUCACCUCCCCUUUCUUUUUUCUACAUCGUUCUCCCUCACUCAUUUUUUCCUCAACAUCCCAUUUUUUCCUCCGUCCAAUUACUCUUUCCUCCACGUGCCGUUCCUUUUUCCUCCACGUCCCAAUCCUUUUUCCUCCACGUUUCCUGCGCAUCCUUUUUUUUCCUCCACAUCCUUUAUUUUUUCCUUCACACUCUUUUCUACCCCUAACUAUCUUCUUCCCUAUCUUUGCUCUUCUUUCUCUCUAAAACCAUUUCCUAUUUUCUCCCAGAACCACCUUCUUUUCCACUACAUCCUUUUACUUGAUGUCCUCUUUUUCUCACGUCCUUUUUCUUUCCUUCCGUUUCUUUUCCUCCUUUUUCCUCUUUUUCACCAUCUCGCCUACUCUGUCUUCAAUCCUUUCCUAUCUUUUUCCUUCCCUUCCUUCUUUCAUCCUUUUCCGCUUUUCAUCCUUCCUUUUCUUGACGCGUUUCUUUUCUUUUGCCUCUUUUCUCCCCCCCCCCCCAAUCUCUCUCUCUCCAGGCAUUCUUUCCUUUGGCAUCCCUUUUCUUUUUUCUCCCCUCUUUUUAGGUUUUUUUUUUUUUUAACAUUUUGUCUCUUAGUUUUUCCGCUAUUUUCACUACAUAUCUCUUUCUCUCGCUCUCUCUUUUCUUUUAUCUCGCGCUCUCUUUUUUCUCUUUUCUCUCUUUAUUCUCUCUCUCAUCUCUUUAUUCUCUCUCUCAUCUCUUUAUUCUCUCUCUCAUCUCUUUAUUCUCUCUCUCAUCUCUUUAUUCUCUCUCUCAUCUCUUUAUUCUCUCUCUCAUCUCUUUAUUCUCUUUUUUCUUUUUCUCUCUCUUUAUUCUCUUUUUUUUCCUUUUUCUCUCUCUUUAUUCUCUUUUUUUCUCUCUCUCUUUAUUCUUUUUCUCUCUCUCUUUAUUCUUUUUCUCUCUCUCUUUAUUCUCUUUUUCUCUCUCUUUAUUCUCUUUUUCUCUCUCUUUAUUCUCUUUUUCUCUCUCUUUAUUCUCUUUUUCUCUCUCUUUAUUCUCUUUUUCUCUCUCUCUCUUUAUUCUCUUUUUCUCUCUCUCUCUUUAUUCUCUUUUUCUCUCUCUCUUUAUUCUCUUUUUCUCUCUCUCUCUUUAUUCUCUUUUUCUCUCUCUCUCUUUAUUCUCUUUUUCUCUUUCUCUCUUUAUUCUCUUUUUCUCUCUCUCUCUAUUCUUUUCUCUCUCUCUCUAUUCUUUUCUCUCUCUCUCUAUUCUUUUCUCUCUCCCUCUAUUCUUUUCUCUCUCUCUUUAUUCUUUUUCUCUCUUUAUUCUCUUUUUCUCUCUCUCUCUCUUUAUUCUCCUUUUCUCUCUCUCUCUUUAUUCUCCUUUUCUCUCUCUCUCCUUUUCUCUCUCUCCUUUUUCUCUCUCUCUCUCUUUAUUCUCCUUUUCUCUCUCUCUUUAUUCUCCUUUUCUCUCUCUCUUUAUUCUCCUUUUCUCUCUCUCUCUUUAUUCUCCUUUUCUCUCUCUCUCUUUAUUCUCCUUUUCUCUCUCUCUCUUUAUUCUCCUUUUCUCUCUCUCUCUUUAUUCUCCUUUUCUCUCUCUCUCUCUUUAUUCUCCUUUUCUCUCUCUCUCUCUUUAUUCUCCUUUUCUCUCUCUCUCUCUUUAUUCUCCUUUUCUCUCUCUCUCUCUUUAUUCUCCUUUUCUCUCUCUCUCUCUCUUUUCUCUCUGUAUCCUCUCUCUCUCUCUCUUUUCUCUCUGUAUCCUCUCUCUCUCUCUCUUUUCUCUCUGUAUCCUCUCUCUCUCUCUCUUUUCUCUCUGUAUCCUCUCUCUCUCUCUCUUUUCUCUCUUUUCAUUUUUCCCUCUUUUUCCCCUCUUCCUGUUCUUUUAUUCUUCCUUCCAACUCCACUCCGCUUUCUUUUCUUUAA